AGCCAAGGUGCAGUCUGCCCUCUCUCAUUCUACACUUCAUCGAUCAUGGCUCAAAACAUUCUUGAUCCCUCUGCAGUGCUCUCUCGCCUUCCGAACCUACUACCUACCACCUCCAGAUCGCUCAGCUCGCCGCAGGAUGCCGUGGUUGCCCUCUUCCAUGCCGCUUUGACCAAUCUGGCCUUCAGGCUCGUUGGGACGGACGAAUCGUCGGCGAUCCAGUCUUACGAGAACAACGCACUUCCUGAAGGAUGGAACGCUCAUGGUCCGGGACACUACGCGCUCAGAUAUAAGCAUGAGCAAAGCAGCCUCGAGUUCCUGGUCAAGGUCACGAAACUCGGGACGCGCACGAUGGUCAACGCGAUCGCGCUCGAAAGCGACAAAGCCGCGUCGCUCGAUAUACCUACCAAUGACUUCACAUCGCCCUCGUUCUUCCCUCACGAUCUUUCGGCAGCAGACGCACCACCGCUCGUGCACGGUUUCAUCGCCUCCAACCGCGUAGCCGACCUGCUCUCCCUCUUCAAGGUCCAGAUCGUACAAAAGCUCGUCCCUGGGCUCAGGAAGGAGGGCUACACGGAGGACUCAACCAACACGUCCACCAACGCGGGCGACCGCGCACCUCCGCCAGGCAGGCAGCCGGCGCCCGCACAGCCGCGUCCCAACGCGCCGCCCGAGCCGCCGUACAUCCCCGGCCAACCCUACUCGCACAUACCUCCCCAGAACCCGCUCGAGAUCGGCAGGCGCGACCGCGACCCGUUCCCCGCAGGCGUGAACCCGUUCGCGCCGCCGCCGCUCUUCCCGGGCGCGUCGGGAGACGGCAUGUUCGUCGGCCCGAACCACCCCAUGUUCGGUCCCCGCCGAGGCGGGAUGGGCAGCCCGUUCGGCGGUGAGCCUACGGGACCGUGGGGCGGCGACGGCUAUUUGCCUCCUUUGGGCGCCCCUCCUGGCGCACGCUUUGACCCCGUCGGUCCCAGCCUCGGACCAGGUUUCCCAGGCCGUGGGCAGCCUCUGGGUCGAGGCAUGCCAGGUUUUGGUAACCUGCGCGAUCCUGACAAUGACGACUUUAUGCCCCCCGGCGCGGGUGACAUGUAUUCUUAGAAGCUGCCGUAGGCAAAAAGCCGUACGGAGGGUGUAUUGCUCCACUAUUGUUGCAACAUCGUUCGCGGUUGACUCGAUGGAAGAAGGGUGUCAGGUUUGGGCUGUGUCAAUAUGUAUGAAAACUGUUCCACCAGCUGUGAUUGUGCUAUCAUGUCGUCUCGAAUAAUCUGUACCAGUGUACUCGUCUGUUGCUUCCCCUCGCCGUAGACUGCCUGCGGUUGAUGAUGGAUCCU